CUCCCCUCCUCCGCCCCCCCCGGCCCUUCCUCUCCGCCCUCCGGCCUCGCCACCGGGAGCUGGGCCCGGGGCUGCCGCCGGCGCUCCCUGAGUCACGGCAGCGGCCCGAGCCCCAGGAGCCCCCGCGCCCCCCGGCCCAGGCCAUGAGGCCGCAGAGGGGAAGGGGCUGACCGCUCGCUGAGAUCUGCCCGGCCCCAGCCCCCGCCAUGGCCUCCCAGCCCCAGCCCCUGCACCCCCCCCUGCCCUGCGCCUCGGGGGGGGCAGGGCUGGCGGCCGGCAGCCCCGAAAAAGGCACCGCUCGCCCCAAACCUCCCAUCCGGCCCAAGCCCCGCGUGCUGCCCAAGCCCUCCGUGCCCGCCAAGCCUCACCCCCCACCGGCCCCGCGGCACCCUCGCCCCGAGCUGCCCUCGGCCGAGAAGAUGAACCGCCUGGCGGGACCCCAGCCCUACGGCGGGGGCAGCUCCGGGGGGGCCCUCAGGCGCCCCUCCUUCACCCUCAAGUCUCCCGAGACCCCCAACGGGAAGGGGCUCCCCUCGCCACCGCCCUCGGCCCCCGAAGACCCGGGCGCGAGCCCCUCCGGCGAGGCGCCUGCGGCCCCCCCGACUCCAUCCCGCAAGGGUCCGGCUCCCUUUAAGGUGACCCCGGUGCCCGUGGCGGCCAAGCCGGAGCGCUUCCCGGGCACCACGGUGGAGGAGAUCCUGGCCAAAAUGGACAGCAGGGAGGGCCCGGCAAGCCCCGAGCGGGCCCGGCUCUCUCCCUUCUGCCCCGACGCCGCCUCUCCAAGCCGCUUCGGCUCCAAGCCCUUCGCCGCCGUCUUCAGGAGGCGCCCCGGCGGGGAGGCGGAGGGAGCCCCCCCCGGUGAAGCCCAGCAGCCCCCUCAGCACGCCGGGGGGGAGCCGGGGAUGGGGGGCGAGAGGAGCUCAGUGGCUGAAACGAGCGGCUCCUCCCCAGCCGGCCUGAGCUGUGCCGGGGACCCCCGCCGACUCUGGAGGCCGCCGUCCCCCCCUGACCUCUCCUCUCUCCAGCUGGGCACCCCCGGCCCCCCCGGCUCCCCGAGACCCCCCUCCUGCCCGCCUCCAGCCCCGGGCGCUCCUUUCCAGCCCGCCGAGCCCUCCGCCUUGGCCCCCGGCUCUCCCGAAGCCCCCCCGGAGCUGCUGCCCCCCGGCUCCCCCACCCUGGCCCCCGGCUCCCCCAAUUCCCCCGCUCAGCCCCCAGCCCAGGAUCUCCCCGCUGCCUCCAUCCAGGCUCCGGGCGCCCCAGCCGAAGCCCAGCCCGCUGCCUCCCGCUCCCCCGGCUCCCCGCACACCCCCAGUGAAGGGUCCCCCGCUACCUCCAGCCCCCCAACACCAGGCACCCCCCAGCUGCCCCCCCGAGCCACCUACCCCCCCGGCUCCCCCGAGGCUGCUGCAGAGCCCCCAUCCCCCCCCAGCCCCUCCCCAGAGCCCCCUUCCAGAGCCUCUCGUCCCCCGGGCUCCCCGGAGGGACCCGAUGACUCCCCUACAUCCCCGCGGUCCCCCGAGGGUCCCGAUUUCAGCCUUCCUCCCCCCAGCAGGGACUCGGGGCUCCGACGUUGCUCCGAGGGGGUCCUGCGGCCCCCCCCCAGCGAAGGGCAGGGCAUGGGGGAGCUGGGGGGCUCGCUGAGCGCCCUGCCCCAGCCCGGGGAGCCGGCGGCGCAGCGCUCGCUGGGCAGCGAGUCCAGCUGGAGCCUCUCGCACUCCUUCGAGUGGACGUUCCCCUCCCGGGGGGGCAGGGGGCUGCCGUCCCCCCCCAGCUCCCCCAUCCGGGAGGCGGCCGACUCGGGGCUCUCCGAAGAGGAGGACAGGUCGGACGGGGAGGCUGCGGGCUCCCGAGGGGAUGGUGGAUCCCAUAGGGCUGGCGGCUGGCCGGAGGAGGGGGAUCCAUGCCCGGGGGGGCCCGUAGCCAAGCUGGAGGCUGAGGGCUCAGCAGAGGAGGAGGAAGAGGAGGAGGAGGAGGAGGCAGAGUGGAACAGCACCGUGCUGCACGUGACAGAGCCCGAGGAGGACCCCGCUGAGCCCCAGCCCCCUGUGGAGGGCACCCGGGCGGACGCAGCCUCUCCGGAGGCCGAAUCCUGCUGGGAGCCGGGGUCAGCGGGCGGCUCUGCCUCCAACCUGCAGGGCCCCGGCGGGCCGGGCCGGGAGGAAGGCUCCUCCAGGGCUCCCGACACCCACCCCGACCCGGGCUGGCUGACCGAGCUGCUGGCAUCGCCGGGGGCUCAGGCAGCGGGACGCGGCUCAGCGCAGGCCGACGGCUCAGAGGACCUGCUGGGCUGGUCGCGGAAGGACCUGUGCAGCGAAUUCGGCAUCGGGAGGUCCCAGCGGGCUGCUGCUUUUGACUGGAGCCACGAGGCCGUGGCCAGAGACAGGGACUGGCCUGGCGAGGUGGGGACCAAAUCCAGCUGGGACACCGGGCACAGCGUGGGGGACGUGGAGCGGCAGGACAGGGCCUUCAGCGCCGCUGAGAGGGACUGGGGCAGCAGCUACAAAGGGACAGAGCUGCUGGGGGACGCGGGGCUGGGCUGCGGCACCUGGCCCAAACCCCACGGCCUGGGGGAAAGCUGCCUGCAGGACCAAGAUUUUGGCAAAGCCAGCUGGGGCGCCGGCUACGGCUUGGACGGCGCUGGCAGCAGAGAGGAGGCGAGCUCUGGGAAGACCGAGUGGAGCAGGAGCUACAGCGUGGGUCAGCAGGAGGACAAAGAGCUGAGCUCCAGGCAGCCCAGCUGGGCUGGCAGGUACGGCUCUGGGGACCUGCAGAGCCCGGCCGGGGAGCUCGCACCCGUGUGGGCCGGCGAGUACGGCACCGGCGACGCCGAGAUGAAGGACAGGGAGCUGGGCACAGACUGGGCCAGCAAAUACAGCAGCAGGGAUGCUGAGAGCAAGGAGGAGGACUUGACGCUGGGCUGGGCUGGCAGAUCCAGCACCGGGGACGCCGGCAGCCUGGAGAAGGAGUUUUGCCCCAGCAGGUCGGCCUGGGACAGCAAAUACAGCAGCAGCGCCAUGGAGAGCCAGGACAGGGAGUUCAGCCCCAGCAGGCCCGCCUGGUCUGGCGAAUACAGCAGCCAGGACAUGGAGAGCCAGGACAGGGAGUUUAGCCCCAGCAGGCCGGCUGAAGGCAGCGACUACAGCACGAGGGGCAUGGAGAGCCAGGACAGAGAGUUCAGCCCCAGCAGGCCCGCCUGGGACAGCGAGUACAGCAGCAGGGCCAUGGAGAGCCAGGACAGGGAGUUCAGCCCCAGCAGGCCGGCUGAAGGCAGCGGCUACGGCGCCGGAGAGGAGGAGAGCCAGGAGAGGGAGUUCAGCUCCAGCAGGCCGGCCUGGGACGAGGAGUACAGCAGCAGGGCCAUGGAGAGCCAGGACAGGGAGUUCGGCCCCGGCAGGCCAGUGUGGGCCAGUGAGUUCGGCUCCGUGGCCACCAGGAAGGAAGAAUUCGGCCCCAGCCGGCUGAGCUGGGCUGGAGAACGCGGCACGGCCCAGACAGAAGCGGGCAGUGCCUUUGGGGUCAGAACAGAAGAGCUGCCUGGCUCCUCUGCCCCUGGGCACCCGGCCCCGGAGCCGGGCUGGGGCAGCGGCGAGCAGCAGGAGAGCGGCGCCGUGGGCUGGAUGGAGGAGCUGUGCCGCGGGGCAGCUGAGCACCGUAACCAGUUCGGUGCCAUUGGGAUGGAGCAGGGGCCCGACUCCGCCAGCACUGCAGCGCCAGAAGGAAGCCCCAUGUCCUGGAGCACCGAAAUGAGCCCCGGGGACCUGCAGGAGUGCGGGGAGUCCCCGGGAGGCUGGCACGGCGACCUCCCCUCAGCUCCUACCGCCGGUACCGGUGAUGGUGGACCAGGACAGAUGGCCUGGGAUGAGGAUGGGGCAGCCCCAGGCAGCUCCGCACAGCCCCAGGAGGAUGAGGAUGAGGAGGAGGAAGCAGGCUGGAGGCAGCCCCAGGAGGCAGGUGGAUGGAGCACGGAGCUGAGCGAGGCUGAAGCCAGGCGCCAGGAGUGGGCCAGCGCCUUCGACGCCCGCUGUGCCGCACGCAGCCGGGAUUUCGGUGCCGGGGAGCCGAGCCCAGGAGACCACGGGGCUUCGGCACCAGGCAGGACCCCCGUGGACGCCCACCUCUCGGACCCCAGCCCACCCUUGGGUGCUGAUGCUGAGCCCACGGGGCCGAGCCCCCAGCCCCCAGCCUCAGAGCCCCCCCGGGACGAGGAUGAGGAUGAGGAUGAGGCCGAGCCCAGCCCCGCAGAGGAUGGGGACGUGGCUGCAGCCCCCCUGCUGCCGGAGGCUGGCGGCGGGACCCCCCCAGAAGCGGGGAGCCAGGAGGAGACCCCCUGGGACCACCCGGAUGCGAAGAGACCACAGAGCAGCGAGGAAAAUCCCGCUCAGCCCGAGGGACCCACGGAGCUCUCCGGGCAGGAAUUCACCUUUUUGGAGGACACGGAGGUCCUGGACAGCACCGUGUACCGCACCAAAGCCAGCCUGGGCCGCAAGCGGAGGCACCGUGCGCCCGCCCUCCGCCCCGGGGCCACCUCUGAGGGGGACAGCUGGAUCUUCCAGGACUCCACAGAGCCCCGUCCACCCCGCGCGGCCGCGUCCUCCGACGAGGAGGCAGCAGAGGAGCCCAAGAGCCGGCGGGUGCGAGCGUCCCCGUCGGGAAAAGGCGUCAAGGUGCCGCUCUUCCCCGGCCUCAACACGUCUGCCCUCAAGGCCAAGCUGAGGGGCCGAAACCGCUCUGCCGAGGAGGGGGCGCUGCCAGCAGACAGCAAGGCAGCCCCCCCGAAGGACCCCCACGUGCAGCGCUCCAAGUCCUGCAAGAUCCCCGGCCUGGGGGGGAAGCCCCUGGCGCUGCCCCCCAAGCCGGACAAGUCCUCAGGGUCAGACGGCUCCCCGCCACACUGGCUGCAAGCGCUGAAGCUGAAGAAGAAGAAGUCAUGAGCUGAUCCCGCGGGGCUCGCUCUCCUGCCAGCGUGGCCCCUGGGAGGCUCACGGCCAGCUCGCCCCCUCCCCGUGGCAGGACACACACACACACAUCUAUGCACUUUGUAUGAUGCUCGCAGGGUCCCCUCCCCACUCACCUCCCGCCCCCCUCCGAGGCCCGAGGGACUCCCCGGGGGUCUCUCUUCCUCUGCCCACCCCCUCAGCCCCCCACAUUUCCCGGGGGCUGGGGGCGGCGGUGGAAACCCACAAGCCCCGUUCCCUCCCCGUCACCCUCCUACCACCCUCCAGACCAAGAGCAGCAGGUCAUUAUUUUGGUGCCACUUUUCAGGACAAUAAAACUUUGUUGGUUGGUU